CAGAAUUUCUAAGAGCUAGUUCCACAUUUCGGAGCAUUCCAAAGAAGAAUGCAAAGAGAAUCCCAAAUCACAAUCAUAGACAAAGAACCGACAGAAUUCAAAGGUUUCAGGCGGCCUUCCAUCCACGGCAGCAAAUCAUGCCCGCCGCUUCUUCAUCAUAUUCGCGGACCGUCCGCUCCUACGCGUCGACGCCUUCUCUCCGAUGCCGCGAUGGACAACCGCCGCCCAAUGCAAGGAUGGAUGCUGGUGGCAAUGUGCGGGUCGUCGUCCGAGUUAGGGCAUUUCUGCCUCGAGAGCUGGAACGCGGAGCCGAGUGCCUUGUUCGCAUGAAUCCAGUGACCCAGGAGACGACUCUCCUCGUACCCAACGAUGAGGACCCGGCAAACUCGAGGGCAAAAUCCCGAAAGGUGAUUGAGCAAAAAUCCUUCACGUUCGACAACUCCUUCUGGAGCCACGACAGGAAUGACGAGCACUAUGCGGAGCAGGCCGACGUCUACAACCACGUUGGUGAGGAGUUCCUCGAUCACAACUUUGAGGGCUACCACACAUGUAUCUUUGCGUACGGACAGACGGGCUCAGGCAAGAGUUACACCAUGAUGGGCACUCCGGACCAGCCGGGUCUGAUCCCGCGGACCUGCGAGGACUUGUUCCAGCGUAUCGAGGAGGCUCAGGAGGAGUCGCCGAACAUCAGUUAUAAUGUGCGCGUGUCCUACUUUGAGGUCUACAACGAGCACGUCCGCGACCUCCUUAUGCCCGUAGUGCCGAACCAGCCGCCCUACUACCUCAAGAUCCGCGAGUCCCCUACCGAAGGCCCCUACGUCAAGGACCUCACCGAAGUCCCCGUGCGCAGCCUCGACGAGAUCCUACGUUACAUGAAGAUGGGUGACAGGUCCCGGACCACGGCAUCCACAAAGAUGAAUGACACAUCGUCCCGGAGUCACGCCGUCUUCACUAUUAUGCUCAAGCAGAUCCAUCACGACAUGGAGACGGACGAGACGACGGAGCGCAGCUCACGUAUCCGGCUCGUCGACCUUGCCGGCAGCGAGCGUGCAAAGGCCACUGAGGCCACAGGCCAACGCCUCCGUGAGGGCAGCAACAUCAAUAAGUCGCUCACGACGCUGGGUCGCGUCAUAGCCGCCCUGGCGGACCCAAAGCACACCUCGACCCCUAAAAAGAAGAACAAGCAACGCACCGGCGGUGAGCAGAUCGUGCCCUACCGCGACAGCAUCCUCACCUGGCUUCUCAAGGACUCUCUAGGAGGCAACUCCAAAACUGCCAUGAUUGCGUGCGUGGCGCCCUCGGACUACGAGGAAACGCUCUCGACGCUGCGCUACGCCGACCAGGCAAAACGGAUCCGCACCCGCGCCGUCGUCAACCAGCAGGACGCCAUAUCCUCGGCCGAGCGUGACGCCCAGAUCCUGGCCAUGGCCGAGGAGAUUCGCCAGCUGCAGCUGUCUGUGUCGGACUCCCGACGCCGCGAGAAGGACGCCCGCGACCAGGAGGAGCGCCUGGAGGAGUACCAGCAGAGCGUGGCUGCCAUGCAGCGCUUGAUGGAGGAGCGCAGCCUUGUGGCCGAGGGCAAGAUCCGCUCCCUGCAGACGGAGAACGAGGCCUUGCGCUUGCACCUCAAGCUCGCCCUCGAGAGCCUCAAAAACCCGAUCCCGGCCGUGCCAUUGGUCCAGGCCAAUGACUCCGAAGCGGGCGACGAGGUGAAAGAGAAGGACGGCGUGGAUGGUGGCGAGGCAGACAAGGAGAACGGCCCGUAUCGCGACGCUGAUGCCGACGACGACGACGAUGACGACGACUCGGAUGACUACGAAGACGGUUACUCGACGGAUCCUUCUGACCAGGGUGUCGAUGACACGUACGAGGAGAUGCAGAACCUUCUCAAGGACCUGGGCUACUUUAAGCGCAAGAUUGAGGAUGACAAGCAGCGCUUCUUGGGUUUGGCUACUAGCGGCCGUGCGCCGCUCGGCGCUAGGUCAAAUGUUUGA